GCAGACUGCUUCUACAAACUUUUCUUUUGUGAAGGACUGUGCAAUAAGUCCAUCCGUGAAAUUUCCUUGCUACUAAAUAUUCCAUGGUCUACCACUAGUGGUAUUAAAACAAAGUGGAAGCAACUGGGAGCAACAGCAACUCAGCCAGAAAGUGGUAGGCCACAUAAAAUUACAGAGUGGGGUCAGCUCAUGCUGAAGUGCACAGUGUGUAGAAGUUGGCAACUGUCUGCAGAGUCAAUAGCUAAAGACCUCCAAACUGCAUGUGACCUUCAGAUUCGCACAACAGUGCAUAGAGAGCUUCAUGGAAUGGGUUUCAGAUGGCUGAGCAGCUGCAUCCAAGCCUUACAUCACCAAGUGCAAUGCAAAGCUUCGGAUGCAGUGGUGUAAAGCACACUGCCACUGGACUCUA